GCUUUGAGCUCCAGCAGAAACGCGCAAAGAUGCUCUGAAAGCAAGACUGCAGCAUCUCCGAGUCAGAGCCUACAAAAACAUCGCAUCUCCUUCAAGCGCUCAUCCAGCGCUUCAACGCCAUCCAGCUCUAUCUGCAUGGUUUGUCCACCUGCAUGCGGGAUCCGCUGUUUUUUCUUUCGCCUCUUGUACGUUUCCCGUUGCUAUUUAUUAUCCGCGCGCAUCUUCCCAGUUUUUAGCAGUGAAUCUUUUGAGUUGUGCCGACCACUGAGGUCAUAUAUUGUUUUCAGCAGGAGAGCGCCAUCGCAGAGCCACGAGUGAGGACGUUUCCCACAUCACUUGUUAUUAAUAUCAGGUACAGCCUGAGCCACUGGAUAUCGAUGCGCCUUUCAAUCCGUAUCUAGGCUGCUACGGAGGAUCGACGCACCCCAAACAUUCAUCGUGGUUUCACAUUUAGAAACGACCAUAUCUGCGUAUCGCGUCUAGGGAGAACGAGAGCGAGCCUAAAGCUUCUUUAUAAAAAAUGAUGGCCGGUGGGGCAGUGCAGCAAAACGGGAUUUUCUCCAAUCCGCAUCAUCACAAUCAACAACCGCACAUGGAGUCUGAUCCCCCCGAUUCCCGCAAAAGACCCCUGGAGACCCCGACGGAGGCCAGCAGCACCAAGCGCACAAACACAGGAGAGAGAUGCAACCAACCGGCCAUCCAUGAUCCACCAUUUUCAUCAGAUUUUGUCGGAUUUCACGAGGAAGGUGAAUAUUUCUUAAAGGUGCUGAUUCCAAGCUACGCCGCAGGCUCCAUAAUUGGCAAGGGUGGUCAGACUAUUGUCCAGCUACAGAAAGAGACAGGGGCCACCAUCAAGCUGUCCAAAUCCAAAGACUUCUACCCGGGAACAACCGAGCGCGUCUGCUUGGUCCAGGGCACUGUAGAGGCGCUGAACAGUGUCCAUGACUUCAUCGCGGAGAAGGUGCGGGAGAUGCCGCAGAGCGCUCAGAAAACAGAGCCAGUUAGCAUACUUCAGCCACAGACCACCGUCAACCCUGACCGUGUCAAACAGGCCAAGCUGAUAGUGCCCAACAGCACGGCAGGGCUGAUCAUUGGCAAGGGCGGAGCCACGGUGAAGGCCGUCAUGGAGCAGUCUGGUGCCUGGGUCCAGCUCUCACAGAAACCCGAAGGCAUCAACCUGCAGGAACGCGUCGUCACUAUCAGCGGGGAGCCCGAGCAGAACCGCAAGGCUGUGGAGAUCAUUGUGCAGAAGAUCCAGGAGGACCCGCAGAGCAGCAGCUGUCUGAACAUCAGUUACUCUAACAUCUCUGGCCCUGUGGCCAACUCCAAUCCCACCGGUUCCCCAUACGCCAACUCUGCAGAGGUAAUGCCGGCUGCUGCCGCAGCGGCGGCGGCGGCCACGGCCUCCAGUCUCCUGGGGCAGGCCAGUCUGGCGGGAGUGGGCGCCUUCCCCACCACCAUGUCCAGCUUCUCAGGGAACGACCUGCUGACUAUCACAUCCGCGCUGAACACGUUAGCCAGCUACGGAUACAAUACCAACUCCCUGGGCCUAGGGCUCAACCCUGCGGCUGCCUCAGGAGUCCUCGCUGCUGUGGCUGCAAGCGCUAACCCUGCCGCAGCCGCGGCCGCCAACCUGCUAGCCUCCUAUGCCAAUGACGCGUCCGCCAGCUCCGGCCACCACGCGACCAGCCUGGGAGGCUUCACGCUAGGCUCGCUCGCCGCCGCCACCGGAGCCACCAACGGCUACCUGAGCGCCGCUUCCCCGCUGAUGGCGAGUUCACUACUGGCCACUGAGAAGCUGACCGAGGGGGCCAAAGAUGUGGUGGAGAUUGCGGUGCCGGAGAACUUGGUGGGCGCCAUUUUGGGGAAGGGAGGCAAAACACUUGUGGAGUACCAAGAACUGACGGGAGCCCGCAUCCAGAUCUCCAAAAAGGGAGAGUUUGUUCCUGGCACCAGAAACCGUAAAGUUACCAUUACCGGAUCGCCAGCCGCCACACAGGCAGCCCAAUAUCUUAUCAGCCAGCGAAUCACAUACGAGCAGGGUGUGAGGGCCACCAAUCCGCAGAAGGUGGGCUAAAAACAGGGAGUAUGAAAAAAGGAGAGAAAAGAGUGGGGGAUGGGGAAGAUACAGAGAAAGAUGGAGGGCGUGAAUAUCAACGAAAAUCAGCCACAUUCUUUGUGGGAAAAAUCUCAGUAUUAAAAAAAAAGAUGGAAAUAAUUCCUCUCAAAGUGGAAAAUUUGAAAAAGAAAAAUGUGUAAAAUGUAAAUAUGGGUUUAAUCCUUAAGUUCUGGAUUUUUAUUGGUUGAUUUUUUUUUUUUUUUUGUGCAUUUUCUGGACAGCAGUGAAUGGCAUUUCAACCUGGCAUGCUGCCUCGCUGCAGUUCCCAGCAGGUGGGCAAGGUGGUCGGAUGGGGGACAAUGGGGUGGAGCAAUCCCAGGAAUCAGCCCUUUCCCCACCCCCAUCCCCUCCUAGCUGACUGAUUUUUGUUCUUUAAUCUUUUAGUCCUUAGUUUAACUCCCACACUUUCGCCCUUCUCUUUAAGAGGGCCUGAGACUGAUUAUUUAUCCCCCCCCAGUCUGUGACACCCCAUAUCCCACCCCAGCCCCCCUCACCCCAGCCCUCCCGAUCCCAGCCGGCCCGACCCUGCCCCGCACCGGGCAGGAUAGGGCAGGGGAUGCGAGGCUGCUGCAGGGUCUCUCAGCGCCACUAGACAUUGACCUGGGGUUCCAGUUGGACCAGGUGCAUGCCACUACCGAUGUUGUUAGCAUAAGGGAAGCUUGUAGAUCAUGUUGCGGACAUAGGCCAGGACGCAAAACGCACCUGAAUCUUUCGUACCAGAGCUCCUAGAAAUUGUGGCAUUUGUCUAUGGGAUUCGAGGUCUGGUGUUUAUACAAAUACUAUUAUUAUUAUUAUUACUACUACUAUUAUUAUUAUUAUUACAAAUUAUCAUCU